AGCAGCUGUCAGGCCACCGAGGUCCAAGCUGCACUUGCUGCCCCACUGAGGACGAGGUGGCAGCGCGAGCCGUGACCCGGUCGCCGAGGAGCCAGGCUAGAGGCACGCAGAGCUGACCUGCCUGGCGUCUGUAACCCUGUCCUCUCUCCUCCCCAUUGUGUUGGAAUCCUAAUAAAAUAUAAAGCAACAGAAAGGACAAAGGAGAAGGUUGAAAUUGUGAAAAGAAACCUAACUAGGUUUUUUUUGUUUGCAGACUUCUCCCUGUUUGGUGCUGCAACAUGAGUGGGAAAUCCCUUCUCUUAAAGGUCAUCCUCUUGGGUGAUGGAGGAGUUGGGAAAAGCUCACUUAUGAACCGUUAUGUAACCAACAAGUUCGACUCCCAGGCUUUUCACACGAUAGGGGUAGAGUUCUUAAAUCGAGAUCUGGAGGUAGAUGGACGCUUUGUGACCCUCCAGAUCUGGGACACUGCGGGGCAGGAACGUUUCAAGAGCCUUAGAACACCAUUCUACAGGGGAGCCGACUGCUGCCUGCUAACCUUCAGUGUGGAUGACCGGCAGAGCUUUGAGAACCUUGGUAACUGGCAAAAAGAGUUCAUCUACUAUGCAGAUGUAAAGGACCCAGAUCAUUUCCCCUUUGUGGUUCUGGGUAACAAGGUAGACAAAGAGGAUAGGCAAGUAACGACUGAGGAGGCACAAGCCUGGUGCAUGGAGAAUGGAAAUUACCCUUAUCUAGAAACAAGUGCCAAAGAUGAUACUAAUGUGACAGUGGCCUUUGAAGAAGCUGUUAGGCAGGUGUUAGCUGUAGAGGAACAGCUGGAACAUUGUAUGUUAGGUCACACCAUUGAUUUGAACAGUGGCUCCAAAGCAAGUUCUUCUUGUUGUUAGAGGUAGGGACUCUUGACAAGUGUGCAAUAAGUUGGUCAGUCUGUUGUGUAAAAACGACUGUGCUCUUUGGUAGUAUGAACACACACACACAUACACACACACACACAUGCACACACACACACACACGUACAUGAAAGCAUGCUCACACAGGCAAUUGCAUACACACAGGUACACACAGACACAUACAUGAAAGUACGUGCACGCACGUGAUUGCAUACACACACACAUACACACACACACACACACACACACACACACACACAUGAAAGUAAAAGAUAAUGUUCUGUUUUUGAAACAGAACCUUUCAAAUUGAAGUUGUAAAGCGGUUUUUUAAAAAGCUUUAUUGAGCCAAGUGUAUUUUGCGUAAUUCCUGCUAUUUUCCCUUCUUGUGUGGCUCAGGACAUAUCAGAAAGUUUUAGUCCUGAGAGAUUUAAGUAUUUUUAAUCACAGUUUAAACCUAGAACCCAGCCGCAUGAAGGAGUGAAAGAGCUUAAAGUGUUCCAUUAACCAGCUAGCAAAGGCCACCAACUCUUGCCAAGUAGUUUAUGUCAUUUCUACCAAAGGGAAAAUUAGGAUUCUGAGCUGUGUUACAGAAAAUAAUGGAAGCAAGAAUUUCUAAACAUGUAUUAGAAAAAGGUGGUGGUGAUUAAGAAUAUAGAUGUAUAAAAACACACUGACAUGUUCAAAUCCUUACGUAUGGUUUACUCUCUUAUGAACUUAAGAAAAAUCAUUUCUAUAAGAAUUACUCUAAUGACACUGGAGGUUGGUUCUAAUCCAUGUGAGUCACAGGACACUAGUGAAUGGAUUACGCUUAAAUAUGCCAACCACAUUUGCAAAUACAUGGUUGGCCUGCUUUUCCUUCAUUAAGUCUACUGCUGCUGCAUAGAGAUGUUGCUUCCUUGACAACUUAUCAAUUUAGUGAUGCUGCUUAGUAUGUGGCUUCGGGUGCAGUGCUCUCUGCCUACAUUUUACACAGUCCUAUAAUUCACCAUGCUGGCUCAUGCAGAAGGCCUCAGAAAGGAUUGGAGAGUAAUGGGCUUUUCUCACAGGUUCCUUAACUCAGUUGUUUGUUAGAUCUCAGAUCUCAGAUCUCAGAAGGAUCUGAUUCUUAGAAUGUCCCACCAGAUGUUCAGCUGGCCAAACUAGGACAUUAAAACUGGCAAAAGAGCAGGUUUUUUUUUUUUUAAACUUUGUGUUAGGAUGAAUUUCUCGUAAUUAAAUUUGUUCAAAUGUGGAAUAGAUUGCCUUAAUUGUGAACUCCCUCCCAAUAAAAGUAGUCACUGGCUGACUAUUUGUUAAAAAGAAUUACUGAACUGGCUACAUGUUUGGUAUAAGGUUUCUUCAUGCUUUCGUUCUGAAUAUAAACUAUGUCAGUGCCAUGUCCUGGUUGGACUUACAUGAAAGUAAAGGUUAAGACCAUAGAGAGGGCCUUCAAAAAUCCUCAAGCCAUUCUGGGAUUAGCCUUUAACAGCAACUAUUAUUUAAAAAUAUAUCCCAAAGGUACAAUGUUCAUACCAAAAAUGGUUUGACAAUUUUUGAAUACCAUGACUGCCAAUUGUAUAUACUAUAUUCUGAGUGUGUCAUCUGUUUCUUUUUUUUUUUAAAUUGGUUGAUCUGCAUGGAUUUUAAUCUGUGCUUUAAAACAUGUAUGAACCAAUGUAAAGAGGGACAGUUAAUUAGUUAAGGCCCUCCAAAGAGAUUUAGGCCUGGGAUUGGGUGGGAGCAUUCACAGGAAUACAGCCUAGAAUUCUCCAUUGUAGCCACACAUGGAAUCAGCCUUACAUGUGGGACCUUACGUGCUUUAAGAACUCUGGUACUUUUGGCCACAUAGACAAAAGUAGGACAGUAUUUAUUUCAACUCAGACUUACUCAAUAUUUCUAAUUAUUGUAUAGUCCUGACCCUAUUGUCCAAUUAAUUUAGAUGCCAGAAGUCAAAGCCAGAACUGGGACCCCACAACUCUUAAAUAUUGGUUCCUAUCUUGCCUAUGCCUAUAGCCAGCCACACUGGUUUCAAUGUUCUACAGUCAUUUUGCUACAAUCAUGUUAGGGUGAAAAUCUGUACGUCAGAACUAAUAAAUGGUAAUUAUUUUUUAAGUGCAUGAGACCUGGGGCCUUCUCUUUCUACUUGCACUCUGCUUAUAAUAGUUUCUAUCUGUAGAUCUCAGGCCUUCAUAAAGAUCUCCAUCAGCUCACACAAAGUAUUUGUCUCUGUAGAGUGGCAUGUGGUCAUGUGAGUAAAAAUAAAAGUAUGUGAGGAUUCAGUUCAUAGACAUGCUGUCCAUUGAGACAAGUGUUCAUUUUAUUAGCAGGCAUAUCGAAGCCCCUUUCUUCUUAGCCAUACUUUUUUUUCUACCAAAUUACUUCACAAUAUCAAGCACUUAACAAUAUGUGACAAAACAGUGGCAUUUUAGUGAGUAACACUCAGUGGGUGUUGACAUAGUUUGGGUAAGAUUUAAAAACACCAAAAGCUGCUAUCCUUGGUACCAAGAACUGUGCAUAUGUGUUCAGAAAUAGACUGUAUAUCUAGAAUGUGCAAUGAAAUAUUUUCAAUAGGUGUUUUUAAUGAACACUAGAUGUUUGGGAUCAAUGUAUUUCUAAUUAGAAGUAUACUGGUUUUCAAUAGUCCAUUAAAAUAUCAUAUAAAAUAUUUAUUUAGUUUAUUGCCAUGUAUUGACUUUCAAGGGGCUUCAGAUUCCAUAUGUCUUCAGCGGAUUGAUGAAUUUCAGGUGUCUUUGUGCCUGCCUUGGCCAUCUCUACUUUAUUCUGAGGUAUUCCACCAUCCUCUUGUUGCAGGUGCUGCUAAAAAUCUCAAAAAAUGUGGAUAAGAUAUUUUGUUCCAGUUGUUUAAAAAUCAUCUGUGUCAAAGUAAAUAAAAAGUGCAUUUUGAAUAACCAGCA